UGUCUGAUUGGUUCCCCAGCUCAGUUCAGCUGGGAGUCGCAUCCUACCUGGUUAGGAGGUGUACUGUCUUUCCACACUCGCUUGUACUCACUGGACUGCUGAGGCUUGAGGCAAACUCUGGGCUGAGGGACUCAGCUGAUAAGAGGAGAGACCAUAAAAGCGACCUGAUGGGUUCUCCUCGCAAAGCCUUCCUCUUCUCUCCGUACCUCCUGUGGAGUCAAACUAGGGGAGUGAGGUUGAUGUUCCUGUUACUAACCCUGCAUUUGGGAAACUGCGUUGAUAAAGCAGACGAUGAAGAUGAUGAAGAUUUAACUAUGAAUAAAACAUGGGUCUUGGCACCAAAAAUUCAUGAAGGAGACAUCACACAAAUUCUCAACUCAUUACUUCAAGGUUAUGAUAACAAACUUCGUCCAGACAUAGGAGUGAGGCCCACAGUAAUUGAAACUGACGUUUAUGUGAAUAGCAUUGGGCCAGUUGAUCCCAUAAACAUGGAGUACACCAUAGAUAUAAUUUUUGCCCAAACCUGGUUUGACAGCCGUUUGAAGUUCAAUAGCACCAUGAAGGUGCUUAUGCUUAACAGCAACAUGGUGGGGAAGAUAUGGAUUCCUGACACAUUCUUCAGGAACUCCAGGAAGUCUGAUGCACAUUGGAUAACAACGCCCAAUCGCCUGCUGCGGAUCUGGAGUGACGGAAGAGUUCUCUACACUCUACGAUUAACAAUUAAUGCAGAAUGCUAUCUUCAACUUCAUAACUUUCCUAUGGAUGAGCAUUCCUGUCCACUUGAAUUUUCAAGCUAUGGAUACCCUAAAAAUGAAAUUGAGUACAAGUGGAAAAAGCCUUCUGUGGAAGUGGCUGAUCCUAAGUACUGGAGAUUAUAUCAGUUUGCAUUUGUAGGAUUACGAAAUUCAACUGAAAUCUCUCACACAAUCUCUGGAGAUUAUAUUAUCAUGACAAUAUUUUUUGACCUGAGCAGACGAAUGGGCUAUUUCACGAUUCAGACCUACAUUCCAUGCAUUCUAACAGUUGUUCUUUCUUGGGUUUCUUUUUGGAUCAAUAAAGAUGCAGUACCAGCCAGAACAUCACUGGGUAUCACUACGGUUUUGACUAUGACAACCCUCAGUACAAUUGCCAGGAAAUCUUUACCUAAGGUUUCUUAUGUGACAGCAAUGGAUCUCUUUGUCUCUGUUUGUUUUAUUUUUGUGUUUGCAGCACUGAUGGAAUAUGGAACCUUGCAUUAUUUUACUAGCAAUAAUAAAGGAAAAACCACCAGAGACAGGAAGCAUAAAAACAGGACUUCGGUAUCACCAGGUCUCCAUGCUGGAUCUACGCUGAUACCCAUGAACAGUAUUUCUCUGCCUCAAGGGGAAGAUGAUUAUGGCUACCAGUGUUUGGAGGGCAAAGAUUGUGCUAGCUUUUUCUGCUGCUUUGAAGACUGCAGGACAGGGUCCUGGAGGGAAGGACGGAUACACAUACGCAUAGCCAAAAUUGAUUCCUACUCGAGAAUCUUUUUCCCAACAGCUUUUGCCUUGUUCAAUCUGGUUUACUGGGUUGGAUAUCUUUACUUAUAAAUCCUACUCAUAGAUAAAUAAAAGCCUGGUUUAGUCCAAUAUACUCAGUUGUAUUCCAGUAACAAUGAAGUUUAAAUUUAAAAUGAAGGAGUCCAUUGGUAAAAAUCUGAAUGGUACUGUUAAAAGACUAGGGCAUUCAUACAUGAAUAAGACAGAAGUAUUCAGAUUAACUUAUCUAAGUGGACAUGAAAUUGAUUGUCAGGUAUAACACAUUGAAAUCUUAGCAUAUAUUUUUACUUUACUUUUCUUUAUUUUGCUUGUAUACUAUUAAUAUUGGGAGUUAAUACUUCUGUGAGACAUAUUUUGAAUAUGAAAUAAUUUUAAUACAUAUUUUAUUUAAAUAUAACUAUUGCUUAUAAUGAACUUAAUGCCUAAUAUUAAAGUGUUCUUUGCCUAGAUUAGUCAUUCAUUUGAUUUUAAUUCUUGUUUUUACUUGCCCUGUUUGGGAUAUAGAAUGUUUGAAACAAAGCCAUGGUUUUCUCUGAUUUAUUUCCAGGAUAUGUAACUCUCAAGAAGAAAAUAAUAUGUGUAUUAAUUCCUUUUUAAAUAAUUUCCCUUGUGAACUGUUAAUUUGUAAUUGUACAUGUUUAUGGAUUUACAGAAUAAACAGUGCUGUUAUGUCUUAUGUUUGAAAUGUAAAACAAUUCAAUCAAUCUACUUGACAAUUACAGUUUCUAAAUGACCAGUUUUAUCUGUAAUCCAGUUGAUUUCCUGCUCAAGGGUUAAACAGAACUCAAGCCACAUUUAAUUUGAAGAUUUUCAAACUUCGAUAGAAAAUACUAAAGCCAUUUUGUUUAUUUUUGUUUGCAAUGCAAGGUGUGGACAAAAAUGAAAGUUAUUUUCUGCUUUGUAGGAUUUGCGAGGUAUAAAGAGGUUAAUGCUAAAUGUUACAAUGUAACAACAAAGAAAUCAAGUGGGAAAUGUUCUGUUUUUUCAUUAUGUGCCACAAAAGAGUGUCACAAGUUCAAAAAAGCAUUAAGUUAAAGUGCUUGAUUUAACAGUGCUUAAAGAAUCAUCUGGCAAACUAAUUGCAGGUUGUCUUGAAGAUAGACUUAAAUAUAUUCUAUUGACAUUUCAUAUAGCAGAUAUGUUUGGGAAUAUACCCAUUGAUUUCCGGGGUGAGUUUUACAACUGUGUUGCAAUCACUGUGUUCUCUCUUUUAGAAAUGUGGGAAGCCUCAAAAUUCAUCUUACAAAUGGCCUUUGUGAGUGGCAUCUGUAAUGAACUUGAGUGAGGACAUCUCAAAAUCCCUCCAGAGAGGAGAAGAAAGAUUCUAGAGAGUCUCACUGUAGGGAAAGCUCAUCACAGUUGCCAGUGCUACAUCUGUGAGCAGAGGCUUCAGUUUGGAUAUAAAGAGCACACAUUUUCACUGUGGGUCUGGAGAGGUGGCUCAGCAUACAAGGGCAUCUUAUGUUCUUACAGAGAACCCAGGUUCAGUUCCCAGUUUACAACAAUCUGUAAUGCAGGGAAACUGAAGCUCUCUUCUGGUGUGGCUGAGAGUGCAUGGACAUUGGUGCACAUACAUACAUGCAGGAGAUUACAUACAAUAAAAAUAAAUAAAUCUUAGAAAGGAGGACAUUCUCAAGGUUCACAGUAGCUAUCACAAUGAAAGGUUUCAUGAGGAAAGGCUUGUUGAGUUUGAAGAGGAAGCUGUCAUGUGAGCGUUUGACACACGUUUUUAUUUCAGUAAUUGCUCCACGUGGUGUAGCGGUGUCGGGGUGAAGCUUCAAAUGUAAAACAACGUGUGUUCCCCAGCUAAAUACAACUCUUUCAUCUUUCUCACAAACCUCUUAAAAACACACAGGAUUUGAGGGACACUAAAAUAUUGACUUUUUUAAAAAUACGAAGAGCCAAAUAUAAAAUUUUGACUAUGUGUAUAUUAACUUUUAGAUACUCCACUCAUUUAUGUUGACAGCAUUAAAUAUUAGUAGAUGUCAAUAAGAUGAACAUUCAUUUAAGGGAUAAAUGAGGUAUGGAGCAUCCCUUAAGGCAUAACAUGCUUCACUAUAUUUUUAUGGCUAUUUACAUAUUUGUAGUGGUGGCUUGCUCAUUGUUAACGGUGUUUAAUUUCGGGGCUCUUUGAAAUGUAUCUAAGCAUGACUACUUGUUAAAAUAUUUUUAAAUGCUUGAUAUAAGUACCCUCGAGUUUCUCAUUGAUGUUGACAAUAUUUACAAGUGAAAAUAAAAAUUGUUAAAAAUA